CUAGCGACCUGACCUUCUAGGGCAUCCGCUCCCCGCUAGAGCCACAGCAGGAGGACUGUGAGAGAGGUGAGUGACCAGAGGCAGGGCCCCUCUCCAAGCAGUCCUGCUCCCGACCCCGUUGUCCCGGCUGGGACGCGACUGGCAUUCCAGCAUCCCAAAGUCACUGGCUAACUCUUGUCCAGGAGUGCUAGGUCGGAGGGUGGUGGUCUGGGCCCCGGGAAUCCCGGUCACUGUCCUGAGCUGUCCACCCACGCAAAUGUCUGGAGCAAUUUUUGCGCCUCUGGAGGGCCUGGGUACCCUGGAUGCUGCCAGUGGCCAUCCCCUCGUGUGCCCGCUGUGCCAUGCACAGUACAAGCGCCCGUGCCUGCUGGACUGCUUCCACGACUUCUGCGCUGGCUGCCUGCGCGGCCGGGCCACUGAUGGCCGCCUGUCCUGUCCGCUGUGCCAGCACCAGACCCCGGUGAAGGGCCCCAGUGGGCUCCCGCCAGUGGACCGGCUGCUGCAGUUCCUGGUGGACAGCUCUGUAGAUGGUGUGGAGACUGUGCGCUGUGCCAACUGCGACCUGGAGUGUGGCAAGCAGGACGCAGAGACCACCUACUUCUGCAACACCUGCGGGCAGCCCCUGUGCGCACGCUGCCGCGAAGAAACGCACCGCGCGCGCAUGUUCGCAAGGCAUGACAUUGUAGCCCUGGGCCAGCACAGCCGCGACGUGAUCCAGAAGUGUACGCUGCAUUCAGAGCCCUACAUCAUGUUUUCCACCGACAAGAAGUCGCUGCUGUGCAUCCGCUGCUUUCGGGACAUGCAAGGGGAGAGCCGCGCCCACUGCGUGGACCUGGAGUCCGCUUAUGUGCAAGGUUGCGAGCGGCUGGAGCAGGCAGUGCUGGCGGUGCAAGCCCUGCAGACAGCCACGAAAGAGGCCAUCGCGCUGCUGCAGACCAUGGUAGAGGAGGUGAGGCACAGUGCGGCUGAGGAGGAGGCGGCCAUCCACGCCCUCUUUGGCUGCAUGCAGGACAGGCUGGCUGAGAGGAAAGCUCUGCUGCUGCAGGCUGUGCAGUGCCAAUAUGAAGAGAAGGACAAAGCUUUCAAGGAACAGCUUGCCCACCUGGCCUCCUUGCUGCCCACCCUACAGGUUCACCUGGUCAUCUGCUCGUCCUUCCUCAGCUCCGCCAGCAAAGCCGAGUUUUUGGAUCUGGGUUAUGAGCUGAUGGAGAGGCUGCAAGGCAUCGUCACGCGGCCGCAUCGCCUAAGACCAGCUCAGAGCAGCAAGAUCGCCAGCGACCACCGUGCAGAAUUCGCGCGCUGCCUGGAGCCGCUGCUGAUGCUGGGGCCCCGCAGAGCUGUGCCCACCGUGGGCGUCGCCAACACGUUGGCAGGGAGCUCGAGCCCCCAAGUCCUGAAGACACCCAGCUGCCCCUCCCCAGAGGGAAAGAUGUCAGGGUCACCUGUCCAAAAACCCUCACCACACCGUUCCAUCAGCACGAAGGUGCUCCUGGCCGAGGGCGAAGACACACCCUUCACGGAGCACUGCCGCCGUUAUGAGGAUUCCUACCGGGGGCUGCAGGCAGAGGUGCAGAACCUGAAGGACCAGGUCCAGGAAUUACACCGAGACCUCACCAAGCACCACUCGCUUAUCAAGGCCGAAAUCAUGGGGGACAUCCUGCACAGGUCCCUGCUGCUGGACACGCGGAUCGCUUCUGAGUAUGCCUCCAUGGAACGCAUGAGAGCCGUCUUCCAGGAGAUUUGGGAGGACUCUUACCAACGAGUGGCUACCCAGCAGGAGAUUUACGAAGCCCAGCUCCAUGACCUCCUCCAGCUGAAGCAGGAGAAUGCCUACCUGACCACCAUCACCAAGCAGAUCACACCCUACAUCCGCUCCAUUGCCAGGGUGAAGGAGCGACUGGAGCCCAGGUUCCAGGUACCUCUGGAUGAGCACACGGAACAGAUCCCGUAUGAUGACGGCAGGGACGGUACCACCUCAGCCAGGGUCGACCCAGGGAGUCCCGCUGAGGAGGGAGAGGGGGCCAAUGAGCCCCGAGGAAGCAGCUGGGCCCUGAGCAACCCCCCAGAAGCGCCUCCGUUAAAGAACCAAGACCACCUCAGACCCAAGUAGGAGACUGGAGAUGAGGGCUGGCAGGGGUGGCAAAGGGGCUUGCUGCCUGCUGACCCGGAGCACCGUGGCACACGGAGAAAGCUAUUUCCACACACAUUUGCGAUAAAGGAGCAGCGUGGUGAAUGGUCUUCUCUGUGA